AGUUACUUUCUCUUAGCAAAGUUACACAGCGAUAACCAGACGUUUCAAGCGGCGGCUAACGGAAAAAGUUAAUUCGCCAGUUCGAUGCACCCACCUUAUUAAGUAAUACAUUAUAUUAUAAACACGCGCAAUUAAAGCCGACAGACGGCUUGUUAUACCUUAGCACGCAAUUACCAGCAGAACGGAAGACAAUAUCGCAGAAUUCCUUUCGAUUCGUUUCAUGAUCGUGAAUCGAAAGUUAUCGCGGAAAAAAAAAGAAGAAAGAGGAAUUUUCAUGGCUCCGCGAAUAAAGAUUCGCGCUCAAUUAGUUUGACAAUUUCUGGAAAUCGGGUUAACAAUUCAAUGGAGGAGGGCAGAGAGCGAGAUCGUUGAAUAAUUUCCUCGCUUAAGCAUUCGAGAAAUAUCGCGCGGUUCUCGCGAGAAAGAAAGCCGACCCCGAACAUUAAUUAGGCCGGAUAUCCUUUUGUCGGUAAUUAAGCAGAAUUUAUCUUUCUGCCGUACGAAAGGGCAACUUUUUCUUCCCCUUCAUUUCUCCGUCUUCUUUUUUUAUAACAAAAAAAAUCAUGCUUUUUCGAAAAGUUUUCACGGUUCUUUCAAAACGGAAAAACCGGAAGAUUUGUUCUCGAUGGCUGUCAGAGAUGCUCAUUGUUUGAGCGGAAUGAAUCCGCGGACGCGAGAGCAAAAGGAGAAUCGUUUGUUUAAUAAAAUCCCCGGGAUUGUUACUCGUUCGAGUCUGUUGUUAAUUAAAAACUUACAAGGGGUGAGCGUACCGUGAGCAAGAAUUCAAUGAAUAGAGUAUUUCGCGGGAAAAUUGCAUUCAGAAUUUUAUAUUAAUGUUUUCUACGCGCGAUCUUCUCAGAUAAAAUUUCUAUACCGCGCUGAUCAGUUACACGAGUAAUUAAGAGUAAUUUGAAACUCCAUACUAAAGAUUUAUACGUGAACUUCGGUCGUCGUAAAAAUUUCGUUUUUCCAACGUAUUCGUAAUUGGUCGGCAUUCGUGACUCACCCUACUGCGACGAUAUUAAAUUUUGAUACAGUUGAGAAGAUACUUGGCAAGAUCGUGACGCCUCAAGCCAUUUUCCAAGACGCGCACGCUCAAUCACGCUAAUGUCUUCAUUUAAAACCUAUUUUGAUCAUCUACAAAGAACUCAUCUAUUUCACUUCUCCUAACGAAUCUCGCAUGGAAAUUGCCAUAAGAUCGUAAGAUCUCGUGUCCGCUUGUACUUAUCGAAACACAAAUAUUCAGCUUGAAAAUAUAUCCGCAACUCUGAUCAAUUAUUUACAUAAGUUCUUUAUCGAAAAACUUAUCAGAUUCAAGGAUUCAAGAUAUACCGGGCAAAGAUGAUCAUCCUAACAAAACAGGCAUUGGAUGGGCAGGCAAAAUUCGCAAAGAUAAAAAACUUCUGGGUGGAUAAAUAAAACCGAACCGACAGAUUUCGAAGUUUCCUCGACACGAUAUCGUAAUUAAGAGACGUGACUGCGUUUUUCCGGAAGUGUCUGAUCCCGUAUUAAAGUCGGAGGUGGUGCAUUCUGGGAGGCGGCCGGGUCAAAACAUAACCGUGAGACACGCGUUCGCGUACGACACCGUGGAAAUAUUAUUCCAACGUUUCUCGUUUCAAUUUUUUCUCUUGUUCACCUCGACGAAUGAAAAUGUACGCUCGUUCCAUUGUCAUACUACGUACACACAUCGCGGCUUCUUCUCUUUUUCCUCCUUUUUGUUCAACGUUACAAGAGAUUGUGUUUCGCCUUGAUUUUCGUAAUUGUGAUUUUCCGGCAUGGAAUUAUUUUCUGCCACGGAAGAUCGUUGCAUCGUGUUCGAUGGGUAAUUAAGUAGAAGAAAUUGACACGUAUUUCUAUCCAAUUCAAACGUCGGUGGGGAAAGAAAAUGGGAAAGGGGAGCAAGUUCUCGUAACACAUUCGAUCGAUCUUGUAUUCUUUUGAAAGUUAAGCUGUUUUGCAACGUAUUCGUUGAUAAAAGUCGAUAAAGUCGAGCCAAUUACGGUGCAACGGUCGAACGAUUUUUCGCUUCUUUCGCAACGAUACGGACGUAUCUAACUAACAAUAAGCAAAACUACUGCUUGGUCGGUCGAGCACUUUCGAUGAUUUCGACGUAGUUUAGCAGCUCGAAGAAGGAAACAAAAAAGGACACCGGAAUCCGCGGCAUGCCCUCCAAAUCCGGCGCGUACAGCGGGAAAUACCGCAGAAGGAAAUUGCAAACGACUGGUAGAGUCAGACACUCGGCAGGAAGUCCGCGUACUGGUACUUGCGAUCGCUGGUGAACUGCUUGGCGUUUACAAACCUCGAAAAAGAAGGUUGCACGAUUGUUGCGUGCGACAUCUGAAAGCAGAAAAUCACCAAAAAUGUACUUGUCAUGUUUCUCUCCUGCGAUAUUCGUAUCCUCUCCUUCUUCAAAAUUGUACAGAAGAUAGCGAAACGGUAGUAAAUCCUACAUAGCGAGAUCAGGAAAACUGGUAUUUCCUGCAAUUUUAAUCCUAAACCUUGAAACGCGAAACUCAGCGUCUUAUUUGUGAUUAAUUCCGUAAUGAUAAAACCGUAGAUGGUAGCUCGAACGCUACGUGGGCGAGACAGAUACCGGUGUGACACUCGUGACGCUUCCCUCCCGGUAUUCACCCUAGGAAAGUUCUUUGCUUAUCUAAAUCGGAAAGACGAGACCAUGUCGGCUGAAGGACUUCCUUCAAACAUGGGGUGCGUCCGUAGCGAUGAUUUUUAUAAAGGGACGACAGUGAAAGAGGAGGAUGGAAGUAGUAAGGCGCAAAAAAUCGAAGGAGCAUCAGGCAAGAACGAACUUAGAACCGUAGAAACUUGGUCGAUUUUACGAAAUCCUACGGUGUUUCUCGCAUCGAAUCUUAACGCGAUAUUACUAUUUGCUGCAAUGCGGUUAAACGGCCGAUCGUUUGAAAGAGCCUCGAAUAAUGGUGGAACAAAUUGUCGUUGGAAUUUGAUGUUAAAAGUAUCGCUACAAGUAAAGAUACACGAAGAAAUCAACCGUAACUGUAAGUCGCAGUUGCAUUCGAUUCUAUCGGAUUUCUUGACCUCCUUUGCAACUUUCCUACACGAUGUACAUAUGUACCAGGUUCUUCGGGAUCUUUCGUUUCCGGGCAAUCUGUCCCAGCAGAUUGAGUUACUUCCAAACUUCAUUCGUCCCUAUAUCCUCGACGUCCACAGGAAAAGCUUCGCCGAGCAAAUGUUUCGCUCGUCGUGGCGACUAAUUCGAGCGAUACUCGAUCUACCUGGCAUUACACGCAACAUUAAUCAAAUGAAAGCGGAGACAGGUUAAACCUUCGAUCCGCGAAGCAACCUUAGAACCUCGAAACGGCACGUUCGAUUCGAACCUUCCCCCUGGCAAAUCGCGUUACACCGAUCGUUCGAUUCGGGACGAAGAGGACGAUUCAAGGGUAGAUGGAAGCCAACUGAAAGAUGAGCUGGGCGAAGUGGUGGCCGAGAUGGAAGCGAUGGAGGGCGGUGGUCUCGCGGCCGACGAGACCAAGCCGUCGAACAAGGCGAAACAGACGUCUAUCGGCCGUAAGAAGUUCAACAUGGACCCUAAGAAGGGAAUCGAGUACCUGAUCGAGCACAAUCUGCUGGCCCCGACGCCCGAGGACGUCGCCCAGUUCCUUUACAAGGGCGAGGGCCUGAACAAAACCGCGAUCGGCGACUACCUGGGCGAACGACACGACUUCAACGAGAGGGUGUUGCGAGCGUUCGUCGAACUGCACGAUUUUACAGACCUGAUCCUGGUACAAGCUCUUCGACAGUUCCUCUGGUCGUUCAGAUUACCCGGUGAGGCGCAGAAGAUCGACCGGAUGAUGGAGUGUUUCGCGCAAAGGUACUGCCAGUUGAACCCGAACAUAUUCACCAACACGGACACCUGUUACGUGCUUAGCUUCGCCAUCAUUAUGUUGAACACGUCGCUGCACAAUCCGAGCGUCAAGGAUAAGCCCAGCGUGGAACAGUUCAUUUCCAUGAACCGUGGCAUCAACAAUGGCGGCGACCUACCUCGAGAACUCCUUGUGAGCUUAUACGAAAGUAUAAAGACGGAACCGUUCAAGAUACCGGAAGACGACGGGAACGAUCUGAUGCACACGUUCUUCAACCCUGACAAGGAAGGCUGGCUCUGGAAGCAAGCAGGCGGACGCUACAAGAGCUGGAAGAGACGGUGGUUCAUAUUAAACGACAACUGUCUGUAUUACUUCGAGUACACGACCGACAAGGAGCCACGAGGCAUCAUUCCGCUGGAAAACAUUCAGGUCAGAGAGGUGCAGGAUCGGCACAAGCCGCAUUGCUUCGAGCUAUACGCCGCUGGCUCCGAGUUCAUCAAAGCGUGCAAGACGGACAGCGAGGGAAAAGUUGUCGAAGGCAAACACACCGUGUACAGAAUGUCUGCGGCCACGGACGAAGAGAAAGAAGAAUGGAUCAAAUGCGUGCGGCAAAGCAUAUCGCACAAUCCCUUCUACGACAUGCUUGCAGCCAGGAAAAAGAAGGCGCAAAAGACAAAUGUACAUUCGAAGAGUUAAACUUUACCAUGGACACAGCUUCUAGAGAAGCCUGGCGAGACACAAGACUGUCUAUUCACGAGCCUACGUUCCUAUCAGGAUCGUGAAAUACAAUCAAACUAAUCUGUACGGAGGUCCAUCCGACUGCGCUGAUCUAGCAGAAGAUAUACAGAUGUUCGCUUCACCUGUUGAUGAAUGUUCGUCAACGUAGUUUAAGCGACACGCAAGACACAGGGACAAAUACGAAAGGAAGGGGAAAACGAUGCUAUUGAUUGAGGAUCGUUCGACAUUAUGUUUUGUAUAAGAAUUUACGCUGCGUUUUAGGGGCCUAGAUGUGUAUUAUUUAAACAGAUUUCGACGAUAGACACGAAACGUUUCCCUAAAAGAUGAACGAGGAGAGAGAGAGAGAGAGAGAGAAAGGGGGGGAGAGAGAGAGAGAGAGAGAGAGAGACGUUGAAAGCUGUAGUAACUUCGAAGGUAGUAAACCGUAUACACAUCCAACGAUCUCGUCGACGGUGCUGGACAAGUUCGAAUUAGACGCGAGAAGACUACUUUUUCUUUUCGUAGAAUUCGCAAAAAGAUAGGUAAAAGAUGUUCUGAGGGAAGCUUCGGCGGAAUGUUUGGGAAAGUUGAUAGAAGAAUAUGACGCGUGUAGCUUAUCGAUCGAUGGGAUGAUAGAUUCGUCCAGAACAAAGAAGAGACAAUUUUGGAAAGAGUGAAAUCUUUCUUAUUUUCUGGCAGCUUUAGAGAAUUACCGAAGCUCGAUAUUGCUUCGAGCAAUCCAAAUAUGCGUAAAAUAUUUAUUUUAUACGGAACCUUCGCGCGUGACAAUGCCGUUUCGCGUUCUUUGCAAGGAAGAAGAAGAACCGGAGGUUCUUUACCUCCAACCGAAGGUGAUUAGGAAGUGUAAUGGAACAAAGACUUUACAAACAAUUAUAAACGAACAAUUAUAAACGCGAGAACGAAUUGGUAAGACGCGUGCAUUAAUGUGAUAGUUGUGUAUUUAUUUGAGAGAAGAAUGAAAAGUGUAUAGAUAAGACUAGUUCAAAACGUUUCCUCGAUAUGCCAGAAAUCAUCUUAAACUGUACAUUGUCGUACAGUUUGUAAGUAUGGCAUGUUAGCCAAUUACGUGACAGUAGGCUAGAACGAUUUGCGUUUUUUUCGUUUGAAUUAUAUAUAUAUAAAUAUAAAUAUAUACAUAUAUAUAAAUAUACAUAUUACGCACGAGGCGCGUAACUUUGUGCAUUAUAUAUAUCGCAAUAUAAUAGUUAUGAUAGUACGCGAAAGUUAAAUAGUAACUUGAUAAGAUCCAAUUAAGAGCCUGCAUCCUGACAGUAUUUAAAUUCUCGCAACAAAAAACUGAAAUAUAAGCUUAAUUUACAGAAGCGUGGAUCCGCGUUAUCUACGAAAUCCAUAGAUUUGUUAUUAUGCGUUAAAAUAACUUAUUCGUCUAGGUUAUUCUUCCUGCUUUUUCAUUUUUAAAUGAUUUAGGCAAAGAAAAAUAUAUCACGAUAGAUUUUUCGAAUACAUUUGGUAAUGAUUUUUGUAGAUAACCGCAACCUUUUUUAUAUUACAAAGUGUAUCGAUUGUCACUAGUCAAGCUCUUUCUACUUAUCGAGCCCUUUUUACAGGAAAUAGCGCAUUUCAAAUGUUCAAAUGUUCAAAUGUUCAAAUGUUUAUUUGUAAUUAAGUAGUUGCCGAAGCAGAUUUUACACUACUCGCUAUUGUUCUCCGAUUCUAGUUUAAGAAAUCAUACCGAUCCGUCUUCGUGUCGCAAUUUCUAAACGUAGGUCCAUCUUAGCGAUUACCUAGCGAGCUUAAAUCAUAAUCGUACCAAUACAUAGAGGAAAGACAAGAAGAUAAAAAGGAAAGGCAAAGAUGCGGGUGCCUUUGAGAUCUUGUUCAAGCUAGUCGUAACAAUUAAUCCGUCAUAUGCAAGGAGUAUGUAAUAGAACUCCAGGAUUAAUUAUGUUCUCUUUUUUUUUUCUUGCUACAUACGAGAGAGUCAGACAUCGAAGAAGCCUUAUUAUACAUACAUUAAAUAAUGAAACGCAGAAGUAAUUAUAUAGGGCCAAGACUAAUAGGAUAUAAGUUUUUUAACGUCACGCUACUCAUGGUAGGAUGUAUAACUGUUCUGCGAGACAGUAAUUUGUACCCAAUUGUAGUUUUCGAAGAAACGCACUAUUUCUAUUCGACUAAUGGACAGACAAUUGAUUCGUGGUUACCGACCCGUCCUUGAAUCAUCUUUGUACAGACUAUUUUCUCUUUUUUCUUUCCUUUCUUCAACUGCCUGCAACCACAUUAUACAAACAAUUCGAGGGACACCACGUUGAUCAUUAUUCGUCUGUAAUAUUUAUCCAACAACGUCGAUGAUUCCUUCCUUCCGUAAUGCUACAGUAACGAUAGAUGUAAAAAAAACUGGUCACACAUUGUUAAGGAGUUGUGUAAAGUUAGUUUAGGAGAAUUGCUUAACGUGUUCACAUCCUUCAUAUCAUGUUUCCUUGAAGAAUUGUUUGUAGGUUGAUGUAAUAUAAUUUGUACUUUAUUUGGGGAAAAAUUGAUUAAUUACAUUUACUACUACACCAAGUUAUUGAAAUAACACGCUGAUGUGCAGAGAUGUAGAAUUGUUCGAAUACCUAUUUUAAAAAGAGUAACGAUACGACUUACGAGAAAUUUUUUCAUAAGAAAUAAAGUGAUAAAAAGAAAAGAAAAAUCAACCCGAACAAUGUGUAAAGUUAUAAUUUAGUCUAAAAUACUCUAAUCAAAACGAUUGAUUGAAUUCGAAAAUAAGAGAGCACAAAUUUUGUUUCUUGAUGAAGAACUCGUCAAGUGAUAAAAAUAAUGCACACUUGCAAGUAAUAAAACUUGUGUAUUAGUAAAGUGAUUUAUUCAAUCUAAGAAUUGUAUAAAGAAAACUGUAUUUUACAGUGCAGAAUUGUAUAUUUCGUUGUAUAUUAUUUUCACUCGAUAAUUGUUAUGUAUUCAUACUGAUCUGUGUACUGUAUUUACGAUCUUAUAUGUAUUAAUUUAAACGUAAUUAAUAAAUAUUUCCAUUUCGUAAAAAA